CGCCUCGGUCACACUAGCCUGCGAACGCAGACGUAUAUCCGGCUGUCGCAUAUUUUCGACGGAGACAAACGACAGCCGGAAAUACGUCUGUGUUCACAGGCUACGGUCACACCCGUACUCGCUAUGGAGCGUAGGCACAUGACGUCAUGGCAACCAUAUUGGUGUUACAAAACGAAGAAACCGCGGCCAUGUUAUUGUAACAAACCAAUCCCCUAGGAGUUCAGUUCUUUUCUUACGUAACCACUUUCUUUUGUUCCAAUAAAGGAAACGUGAGUGAAUAUUCUCAAAACAUGACCAAGUUCGAAACAUGGAAACAUGAAGCAUAAAAAUUAAUAUUUAAAAUCUUUGAUUUAAUAUUGGAGAGAAGGUUAUCUGCUUCGGAUAGGUUUUCAUGAGUUUCAUUGAAGCGAUGCUUCAUAAUGUCCGGCUGCAACGUCCACUAAGAUUAGCGAGGUCGGAAUGACAUAAAGAUUCGUGCUAAUGAGUGCAUGAAAGGAAUAUUAAAAGCGAUUGUCGCUUGUUGAGAGUCGAUAUCAAAACUUUUCGACGCGUGUGAUUUGUUUGUCACGGAAUUAGUUGUUUAGCUUUCUAUCGUUUCUAAAACAUGACAACAAACAGAACGUUAAAUGGUAGAUGAAUGUGAUACCUCAUAUUGAUAAAUUUGGUCAGUUUACGUGAAGUUAAAAGGCAGUAAAAUAUUAAUAUCGGACCUAAUUAAGCUGUGGUGUUCCACUCGGUUUCCUAAACAAGAGCAUAAUCUAGAAACUGAGAAAUAACACUUUAUUAUUAUGUUCAUGACACUACACUGAAUAAUUAAUUCACCUCGAAUGACUAGAAACAGCCAAAGCUGUAAUUUUUAGGGAGAUAAAUAUGUAUUCAUUUUUUUAAAAAAUUCAGUGUCUAUUGAAGUAAGUGAAUUGGUCUAGUUUUAUCUACUACACCCCUUCUGAGAAGUUUGUCCUUUUGAGUUUAAUGAGUCCCCGGAAAAACGACAUUGUUUUAAAAAAUAGGACUAUAUUGCUCUGCUAUUGGUCACCAAAACACCAAACUAUUAUUAGUACACGGCAGGAUCAACCCGUUGCUGUGCAUUGUUUAAAAAUGGAGGAAUAUUGGUGUACAUAGUUUCUUGCUGAAAGACUGAUUACACAGUUCUACCCGUAGCCGCGACGAUGCAAAAUUCAACUUACGAUCAGGGGCCUGAUAUUUAUCUACGGCUUAUAGAUGAGCGAGUUUUUUGGCUAGUUUUAGCUAUAGUUGGUUUUGCUCUGUGCACAGUUAUGACAGUCGCCAACUUUAUCGUGAUGGCUACAAUUUACAGGGACCCGCAAAAGUCGCUUCGUACGCCGCCUUGUUUGUUGAUCGCUAAUUUAGCAUCGUCAGAUUUUCUUGUUGGACUAUGCGUUGUGUCUCUUGUGGCGUUCAGAGAUGUGUAUCGAUCACUUCUGCAACAAGUGCCUUUACCACUGAGUGUGGGAAUUUUUGUUUCUUAUGUUCUCUGCACGACACUGUUUGUCAGUAGUGCUACAAUGGUAGCGUUGUCAGUGACUUGUUUUGUCGCCAUCGACAGUCCCAUGCAAUACAAAACGAAGAUCACGAAGAAAAGGGCAUACGUAUUUAUUAUUGUGAUAUGGCUGUUAUCAGCCUUGAUAUGUUUUCUUCCUGCAACAAAGGUACCUGAAAAGACCUAUUUGCUCAUUUACAUCCACACCCACAUUUCGCUGCCAGCGUUGUUUCUGAUGGUUAUCUACGCGAAGAGUUUUCGCGCUUUAGCAAGACGAAGACGCGAACUCCAACUUAAUGAUCACGCUUCCGAUGAAAACAACAAGCGCGCCUUGGAACGGGAGCGAAAUAUGGCGGUCACUGUAAUUAUUAUAUUGGCAAUCUUUUACAUCACGUAUCUUCCACAGUUUAUCAUGAUUCACGUGGCUCGCUAUUGCAGCUCUUGUGAAAUUAGCGAAGAUUCGACAACGUUUCACAAAGUUGAUGUGAUAACUUCACGUUUCGUAUUUUUAAACUCGGCAUUAAACCCCUUUGUGUACGCGUGGCGAAUGCCGAAAUACCGUCGAGCUUUGAACAGCUCCUGGAAAGCUCUCAAGGAGAAAUUCGGGCUUAGUUCUCCGCGAGUGGAAGUGGGACCGCUGUUCUUAUUCAGCACACGCAUCGUAAGGGAGAGUGCAACGACUGUUUCAACCUAAUCAACUCUUGGAAGAAAACAAGUGUGAACUUGCUUGGAUGAAUGCUCGGCCCACAAACGCUUAUACAAGGCAGCUGAGGUCAUACGAGGAAUCUCCGCUGAAAUGCGUUCUCUUUGAGUGUCCUGCGUUUUCAUCAACCAAGCUCAAAAUUUUAAACAGCUCUCACGAAAUGUAGAUUAAAGUUCAGUAAUUUAGCCGUUCCCUGCAGCUCGCACAGAUUAAACCAGAUUAGGUGCCAUCUCAAGAUUGUAAGCUAUCAGGGACUAGCGAACAAAGCAGGGUUUGUUUAAGUAGGACGACUGGAGUGUAGGAGAUCUUGCGUCACUGAUGCGUAGAAUUAUAUACGCAAUUUCUUGUUCAUGCAAAACUACUCGACCGUGCUUCAUAUAUUUGAAAGAACAAGUGAAUAAGACGGACAAUAUGGCUUCUCGCCUUUUUGGCUUCCUUACUCGGUAUCAUCGUUACGCUUUUAAAUCUUUGCCUUACAAUGUCUACAAUGUAAACUCUCCACGGCAAAACCCUGAAGCUGUUCUCGCUUCUUUAGCAAAUUAUAACAGCCACCUGUAGAAUCAAAGACUUAAGGUAAUCUUGCGUGAAAUUACGACUUAUCAAAGCUGAACUUUGUUUUGGUUCAACGGGUAAAAUCAAGCUAAUAAUGUAAAGCAAUGUUGACUAAAAAUUAUAGAAAACGAAUAAAUGACCAUAGGAGAUUAUGGGAACACGGGUAGUCUCUUUAAGGAAACCAUAUGAGGUUUCCUUUGGACCCUGGAGUUUCAGAGGUCCGUGUCAACGUUCCCUUGUACUUUGUAAGAAAACCCUGGAGUUACGCGUAAACGUCAGUUCGUCAGUUUGUUUGGAGUAGCAUCUUUCAAAUUGUUAAUCCGCACGCACACUAAAACAACUAAACUAAACGUUCUCUGGUUAUUAAUUGCACCGCAAAUAAUUUUCUCCUUUUUUUGCCAGUAAAACAGUGAAUGAUACAAGGCUUAACCUGAGCUAUGGACAAUAAGUGAUUUCCUCGUAAACGAGGAAUGGGUCGAAACUCCUCAAAUAUCAUGGGAUGUGCCCUUCAUGUAACAGGUUGCAUUUUGUCUAUAACUGACUGCUACUUGACGUCUUCAGAAAGCACUGCUGUUCACUCUUAAAAACGCAACUUAAUUAAACCUUAAAUCUUUUGAAACGAAGUUUGCAAUUCCCCUUGAAAAAUAGCCCACUGGAAUAUAAAAAGAACUUGUGAAAAGUUAGCUUUCGCGCGGCCCCUGAUGAUUUGUUUGCUCGCGAAAAAAAAUAUAGACAAAUAGCUCUACACUUGACAUUUCUUCACACUUGUUAAGCUCGAACAAGCACUCAUUCACGAAAUUGAAAGCUGCUGUCUUUCAUUGACUUAAACUAAUAGCGCGGAUCAAGUCGAUCCAGUUGAGUACGUUAGAUUACAUAAACUCCCAAAAAUCACCCCUGUAGCACUUAUUACCUCAUAAUACCGGCAUCUGCGGGUAAUAACUCGAUAUUUGACCAAUCAGAGCGCGAUAUUUAUCAAACCGUAACGGUUUGUUUUGGUUACCUCAUCUCCCGGGAACUAAUCCAGCAUUCCUUUUCGAAGUAGUAAUACAUUUAGAGUUAAGUUUUGUGGCCUACAUAACAUUUAACCACAGCUAGAAAUCCUCAUUAUAAUUUGGAAAUGAAAAGUCACCUUCC